UCUCUCUUCCAUUCACUAAAGGUCAGUCUCCCUCUGCAUGGUCCAAAACCCAACAUCCCUUUAGACAUGGCUCCAGACUCUGUUGAUGACUCCUACAAGGGCUGUGAGGAGAAGAUGUUCAGGAAGGUGCAUGACUAUUACCUGCCAACAGAGAGACUAAAUAACAAAGAUUUCAACCAGGCUUGGACCGAUGCUGAGGCCAGUUACAAACCAAAACCGAACAGAGCACUGUCUAAAACCUAUUUCCUGGCAAUCAAGGUGUAUGUGACUGAAUACCCCAAAAUAUACAAGUCAUUCAACGAGGCCACUCGUACCCAAAAGAAGAGCUACAGCACAACAUUCAAGUACCACUCCCUGCACUUCCUUCUGACCAAUGCCUUACGAAUCCUGAACAAGAAAAACAAGCGUUUCCAAACCUUCCGAGGAACCAACGUGUCUUUCCACGGAGUCCGAAAUACUGAAAUGCGAUUCGGACAGUUCACCUCGAGCUCUUUAGACAAGAAAAUCGCUGGUAAACACUUUGGAACUCGCUCCUGUUUUGAGAUCAUCACCUACUUUGGUGCCCCACUGGUGGGGUACUCUCAGAUGGCUCAUGAGAAGGAGGUGCUGAUUCCCCCCUACGAGGUGUUCAACAUUACAGAGGUGCUGAAGAGAAAAGACAAGAAAGACCUCUGGUGUGACGUCGUCAACAAACUGGAGAGUACUAAGAAAGGAAAAAGUGACCUGAAAUGCCAGAUGGUUGGACCACUCCAAGGAGAAUAAAAUCAUGUUCUGCUUUCAGUCAAAUAUGAAAUGCAGUUUUUAUUGCAACCCCUGGCAUCCCCAUCCACCGUCGCUCCCGCCCACAAAUACAGGAAAUACAAAAACAUUAGCYGAGCUUUUCCAAAUUUCAGAUUGUCAGACCAGUCCUGUUGUAAAUGUUUCCCACAUUGUUUGCUUAGAUUGUUAACAUUUCUUCUGCCAGCGAAUUGGCAUCUGUUGUCAUGUGCACUGCAGCUUUUGCUAAAAACCUAUA